UUGCGACGUUUUCAGGAACUAUUUUACGUUUUAUUUCGCCGUAGUAUUUCAGACCAGUCUGGUCGUCAAAAUGCAGACGAAAAUCCAACCGUGAAAUCCUAUUUUGUCAUUCUAGUUGGCUUUCCGAUUGUCUACUACUUUGGUCCUGUGGGUAGACACAACGCCCUGGUUAUGGAGCUUCUCGGUCCGUCACUGGAAGAUCUCUUCGAAAUCUGCAACCGCCAGUUUUCUCUCAAAACUGUCAUCAUGAUUGCUCUCCAACUGCUUCAACGAAUAGAAUACGUGCACUCCCAUCACCUCAUCUAUCGCGACGUGAAACCGGAAAAUUUUCUGAUUGGGCGACAAUCGUAUGAUCGGCACAGGAUCAUCUACAUGAUUGACUUCGGUUUGGCCAAGGAGUAUAUUGAUCAGGACACCGGAAAGCAUAUACCCUUCAAGGACCAUAAAAGUCUCACAGGCACCGCACGGUACAUGAGCAUCAAUACACACCUGGGAAAAGAACAAUCCCGGAGGGACGACCUAGAGGCCCUGGGUCACAUGUUUCUCUACUUCCUUCGAGGCUGUCUCCCGUGGCAGGGUCUAAAGGCGGACAAUCUGCGUGAGCGUUAUCAGAAAAUCGGUGACACCAAGUGCGCUACUCCCAUUGAGGUGCUCUGCCAGGGUUACCCGGGUACGGGGAGUUUAUUCCUCAUGCCCUUUAGAAGGUUUCAUUGGAGUUCUAUUUUCACUUCUUGUUGUGUUGAAAUCGCUUAUCGUGGACCCAAGUCCAUCUACGCAUAUGAAAUGGCCACCUACCUGCGCUACGUGCGAAGUCUUGACUUUUUCGAGGUGCCAAACUAUGAGUACUUGCGGUGGAUCUUCACCGACCUCAUGAAGCGUCAACGAUGGGAGUGUGACUGGGAGUUCGAUUGGUGUUAUCGGCCUCUUCCUGGUGCUCCAAGGGGGAGCAGUUCGGGUCACCAGAAUAAUAUUCCUUCCGCCGCCCCAAUUUCAACUCCUCAAGGAACUAACCUCGUGGAUCCCCGCUCAACCACUAAUCCCGGCCACUCCAGCCAACCUCCCGUCUCUUCUGCCACGGCAAGUCCCAAUUUCUGGUCACCUGGCGGCCAGCCUUCAGGGGAUGUCGGGUACGCCGUCUCCAGCCACAGACCAAAUGAUCGAAAAAUGCAGGUCAACGGUGAUGAGCAGCCGUUAGGCGGAGAACCCAUGCUCCCCAGCGAUAUGCCGCUUUCCGAUGUCUCCCACUGUAUGGCGGCGCGGACUGGCCACUUUCAAACUACCUCCGACCCCAACUCCCAAGCCGUAAACUCCCAAAACAUCGCCACCGCUGGAAGCAAGACCUGUGGUGACGCCUCGUCUGGAUCGCAGUCUUGCGUGUGA